AUGUCAGAAUGCGCCGCAUUACCGCCCGCCGCCGCUUCUGCUUCCACCUCCCCCGCCGCCUCGAGAUUUCCGGGGGAGCGCGCCUCUCCCGGCAGCGGCGCGUCGCCCGGCGGCGACGCGGCGGCGGUCGAACCGCAGCGCGCCUCAGCUGGCGGCGCCGCCUCAGCAGACUGCGCCGCCUCUCCUGGCGGCGACGCGGCGCCUGGCGGCGAGAGGCAUCUUUUCUGCUUCGGGCUGGGAUACGUGGCAGUGGCACUGUCGAGUGUGCUUCUAUCUAAAGGCUGGCGCGUGUCAGGCACGUGCAGGAGCCAGGAGGAUUGGCAUCGAUUGUGUCACAUGGGCUUACAAGCACACCUGCUGGAGGACCAUGGCACUGACAGCACCGUGUGUCUCCCCCAGGCCGCUCUCUCCGCCCUCCACUCGGCCACUCACGUACUCGUCUCCAUCCCCCCUCUCCUCUCUCCUCGCCCCUCAUCCCCACAACACGUUGAUGUGGUGCUUUCCUCCUGUUGCCAGCACCUGAUGCAAUCUGCCAGGCAUCGGCUCAGGUGGAUCGGGUAUCUGUCGUCCACAGGCGUCUAUGGUGACUGGGACGGCCAAUGGGUGGAUGAGGACUCCCCUCCGCGCCCGCUCACCCCGAAGGCCGUUGCUCGCUACGCCGCCGAGAGGGAGUGGCUGGCCUUCCAGGCACAACUCGGGGAGGUGGUAUCUGAUGCACACCAGCCGGACAAGGAGGGCAGGAGUCAUGUGGAGCGGAACCAGGGCGAGGGCUCUGUUGUUGCUGUCCGCAUAUUCCGGCUCGGGGGGAUUUAUGGGCCCUUUCGCAGUGCUCUGGAUACAGCAGCAGUAGAGAUGGCUUUUGAGUCGACUCAAAAGUCACCUCUGGAUACAGCAGCAGCAGCAGAGAUGGGAGCAGGAGAAGCACAGUCAUCAGUGUCAGCUGCAAUGCUUGAUUCAACGAGAAGCAGGCGAGGGGAGAGCAGCUGUGAAAAGGGCAACCUCAGCAGUGAAGCGCCCAGUGGCAACUGGGGUAGCAACAGCGAUCGGGGCAGCAGCAACCAUAAGGGUGAUAGUGGCAGCAAAAGGGAUGAGAGCAGCACCAAUCGCGAGCGCAGGCAGAGGAAGCGGUUCACGUCGCGGUGCCACGUGGCAGACAUCUGCGCUGCGAUUGGUGCCAGCAUGGACGGCCGUGGCAGCAGUGCAAUCAUCAACAUUGGAGAUGACGAUCCGUCGCCUCUCCCUCUCCCUCUCCCUCUCCCUCUCCCUCUCCCUCUCCCUCUCCCUCUCCCUCUCCCUCCCCCCUGCCCUUUCCAUCCCCUUGCUUCACUCCCCCUUUCCCCUCCCCAUCCGGUCUCCCUCCCCCAGUGCAAUCAUCAACAUUGUCGAUGA